UCUCACUUCCGGCGUUCUCCGUGUGCAUUUCCUCAAUCGUCCGCUGUUCUGGUUGAGAAGGCCAAAUAGCGACUGUCCGCGCACUUCACUGAGAUGUCUGCUGCGUUACGUGUGGUCUACACCGUAUCAAGGCCAGGGUCAUUUCUGGCCAGUCAAUGUCUUGCACGUCCUCUCAGCCUAUCCGCACACAGAGCAGGGAUAAAGUAUGUUAAUAAUCAGGAAGAUGCCACAGAUAUGAAGUCCAUCACGGACCGUGCAGCACAGACUCUUCUGUGGACAGAGCUGUUCAGAGGUUUGGGAAUGACCAUGAGCUAUCUUUUCCGUGAACCUGCCACAAUCAACUACCCAUUUGAGAAGGGCCCUCUGUCUCCCCGUUUCCGUGGCGAACAUGCUCUGCGUAGGUACCCCUCUGGAGAGGAGCGAUGCAUUGCAUGUAAACUUUGUGAGGCCGUUUGCCCAGCCCAGGCUAUUACAAUUGAGGCAGAACCUCGUGCUGACGGCAGCAGGAGAACAACGCGCUAUGACAUAGACAUGACCAAAUGCAUCUACUGUGGCUUUUGCCAGGAGGCCUGUCCUGUGGAUGCUAUUGUAGAGGGCCCCAACUUUGAGUUCUCCACAGAGACUCAUGAGGAACUGCUUUAUAAUAAGGAGAAGCUCCUCAACAAUGGAGAUAAGUGGGAGGCUGAGAUCGCUGCCAACAUUCAAGCUGACUAUCUCUACAGAUAAACAUGCUUCAUGGACUGUCUCAUCUCAACACAGUGACAAUUCACAGUGUCUUCAACAUGCUCUCUUACCAAUAAUCACAGUUUCAAUUGCAUAAAGAAGAAUUGGUUUUAGACAGUUACAGUUGUGCUGAGUGCACCUUUUCAAUGCCCAGGGACUGAAUUCUUAUUUGAAGAUGCACAUACUUUUUCGAUUUCUUUAAACUUGGUCAUACAUAUAUAUGCUCAGUUCUGAUAUUAAGUUCACAC